AUGCAGUACCAACUUUCUGUGACUUUCAUUGCCAUUGGAGUUUUCAUAGGGUCUGUCUUAGCGGAGACGCACAUUGUACAGUUCACCAAUAACUGCGGAUUCGGCACUCCUACUCUCCUCCAGAACGGCAACAUCCUGUCUCAAGGCGCGACUGUCGAAAUCGAGGGGGCUCUCAUCUCUGCAAUUGCCUACUUGCAAACAGGCGGCUGCGGAUUGAACGGGGAAGGCUGUACGCUUAUCGAGACGACUCUGGUGAACCCCACCAGUCCUGGCUCCGGCUCCUCAACAGACAUCAGCUUGAUCCCCCCUCACGCUUUCAGUGUAACUUCAGGUUUCGGGUACUUUGGAGGCUGCGACGGUGCAGGAGCCGAUUGCACAGGCCCUGAUUGCUCGACUGCUUUCCAUAGCCCAGGUGACACAGGGGUCCAGGUUGCCUGCCAGUCUGACAAUGUCAACCUUGCCAUCACAUUCUGUGACUGA